ACUGCUCACUGCGCUGACAUGUAUCCAGAGUAUCCUGGUGAACCAAAAUCAUUGAAAGGUGCUCGCGCGAAGAUCGAAGAUGAGAUCAGAUACUACCUUGCUCCAAGUACUUUCUUUGCAACACCACUGACCGUGUCAAUCAGUGUUUCCUUGGUAACGAACGGUACGUUGCAGUUCUUCUUGGAGGCCAAUUCUCGUGCUUCCUCUUCCAUAGAUUUGUGUUCCAAAAAAGGGGAUACUGUUGAGGCAGUGAUAAAAUCGAAAGAUGUUCAGAUGGAAAAGCCAGAGGUGGCUAAAUCAACACGUUCCAGCGGUAGAGAAUCGCAAUCACCACCAAACCGACUCUCGUUGAAGUCUGAAAAUCAAGCGGAUGCAUCGAAUUCGCAACGUCCUGAACAAACCCCACAGGGCUUAAGUAAGGCGUUCUUUUAG